AUGGGAUCCCUGUCAGUCUCUACCCACAGAGGACUUGUCCACUGGCAAGGGCUCCUGCUGGUUGUCUCGCUGUUUACCUUCUGGUGCCUGCCCAUGAACGCCCAGUUCUCUAUUGCAUCAACCAAUGUUGCUGAAGGGAAGAAUGUGCGUCUGAGUCUCCGCAAUACACCUCAAAAUGCUUUAGGCUACAGGUGGUUCAGAGGAGAAAGGGAAAUACCUCAUAAUCUAAUCGCAGGUUAUUUCAUAUUGGAGAGAAAAUUUGUAAAAGGGCGUUUAUAUGAUGGACGAAAGACAGUAGACCUCGAUGGAUCCUUGCUGAUAAGGAAGGUCACCAGGAAAGACAGAGGAAUGUACACCGUAGUGGCCCACCUUCCAAAUUCAGUACAACAAGUGGGAUUGGGACGGCUCAAUGUAUUCCAGCCUGUGAAAGUGCCCAUCCUCCUAACCAGCAACGGCACGAUCACAGAGAAUGAGGAUGCCGUGGUCUUGACCUGCUACACAAAUGCGGUUUCCAUUGAGUGGUUCUUCAACAGCAUGAAUCUGCGGCUCUCGGAGAGAAAGAAGCUGUCCGAGGACCGCAAAAGUCUCACCAUAGACCCCAUACAGAAGGAGGAUUCUGGUUAUUACCAGUGUAAAGUCUCCAACCCCAUCAGUUCUGCUGAAAGUUGGCCCCUUGAGCUGCAUAUGCAACAUGACUGA